AAAAAGCGCGCCUCGCUUCUGCGUUUCUGAAUACUGAUUGGCUAACGAGAAAUCCUUCCGCUAGAGUGUUAGAACCCCAUACGGAUUCACCCUGAUCAAGGGUUUCGUUAAAGUACAAAAUUUCCUACUUUCUUCUAACGAUAUUCUAAGCUUUUAACCCAGUCCUCGAGCAGGCGCUUUUGUCCUUGUAUUAAAUUUCGUCGAAUAUUACUUAACCUCGUGUAAACACACGCGAUCAAAACACGCUGUAUAUAGUUAUUAUUAUAAGUAUACCUAUUUUUUUCGACGAAAACACUUACUACGAAUCCAGCUUGCCGUCCCAUUGUCUCUAAAAAAAAAUCGAUAUUCCUAAUCCAUAAACGUAACGCUUACGCAAUUAUUACCUUUAUUUGUGUGCGACGGCAGUUUGGAAAAAAACAAAAAACGGCGUAAAAUCAUCUGCUCUCACGGUGACGAACUGCACUCGGCUGUCGGCUUUGAGAUUAUGCCGACAUUGCAAUGCAAGAGGAUCUUCCUGAAGCUUGGAAUAGCCAACGUCGUGCGGAGAGACGCUAAAUCUUUUGAAGAAAGCCGAUAGAGGAGCAUCGAAGGGAUAAGAAGGUAAAAAUCGUACAGGGGCAAGAUGCACGGGCUGACGGAAGGUGCACUGAAGAGUAUCUUGGAUGAUGGAGUAGAAGUCGAAGCGCCAGUCUUUCAAGUUACGAACUACAAACUAGUCAAAUCGGGUAUCCCUAAGUACAGACUGCAAAUUAAUGACGGAUGUACAGAGAGCACUUACGUCAUAUUGGCAAGUCAGCUGAAUCAUCUUAUUGAAAAUAGAAAUUUAUCAGAGUUUUCAAUCAUGAAGCUUAAUCAAUACUCCACAAGUAUGAUACGUGGUCCUGAUAAUAGUGAAAGGAAAAUUAUUACAAUAGUCGAUUGUGAAAUUUUGGUGCCUGGUCAUCAAAUUGGAAAAAAUUUUAAAAAGAAUAAUACAAAGGUUGAGGAAGCAGUUCCAGUUACAAGAAUUCCUACUAAUCAGCAAGUUGCUCGACCAGCACCACAACUCAACAAUUUAGUUGAUAUAAUGAAUCCCAUUAUGAACAGCAAUGCUCCUGCAUUUACAACUCCUAUCGCUGCUCUAAGUCCCUAUCAUAGCAGAUGGGUCAUCAAAGCGCGUGUGACAAACAAAUCUCAAAUCAGAACAUGGUCCAACUCACGAGGAGAAGGAAAAUUUUUCAGCAUGGAUUUGAUAGACGAAAGCAGUGAGAUUAGAUGUACAGCUUUCCGAGAUCAAUGUGACAAAUUUUAUGACUUGAUAGAAAUUGACAAGGUUUACUACAUUUCGAAAUGUCAGUUAAAACCAGCAAAUAAACAAUUUAACCACUUGAGAAAUGAUUAUGAAAUGUCUCUGACGUACGAUUCUCAAAUAGCUAUUUGUAAUGAAGAAACUGAAACGAUUCCUUCUUUACAAUUCAACUUUGUACCAAUCAGUACUAUUGAAACUAUGCCGACAAAUGGGAUAAUUGAUAUUCUAGGAAUUGUUAAAACUUGUAGUGACUUACAAACUUUUACCAAAAGGCUUACAGGCCAAGAACUUACAAAGAAAGAUGUUGGAGUUGUAGAUGAAAACAAUUACUUGAUAAAUGUUACACUAUGGGCUGAAAAAGCACAAAAUUUUGACGGUUCUGGAAAUCCUGUAGUGGCCAUAAAAGGAGCAAAAAUUGGAGAAUUCAAUGGAGGAAAAACUCUUUCAUUAUUACCUACUUCAAUUCUUCGCGUAAAUCCAGAUAUUCCUACAGCACAUAAAUUACGAAGCUGGUUCUCGACCAUUGGUGCUACAACAGAAUCUCAUUCUUUAUCUAGGACUUCAAAUGAUGGUGGCAUCAAUGGGUCGCUGUUAACUUUUAGCGAAGUUGAUGAGAAUAAGCUUGGACAUCCACAUAUGCCUUGUGUAUAUACUACUAAAGCUACGGUUAAUCUUAUAAAAGCUGAAAAUGCUCUUUAUAAAUCUUGUCCUUCAGAAAAUUGCAAAAAAAAAGUUGUUGACCAAAGUAAUGGGAUGUAUAGAUGUGAAAAAUGUGCAAAAGAUUAUCCUACUUUCACUUAUCGUUUGCUGGUAAACGCGUAUUUAGUUGAUUGGACCGGUAAUCAGUGGAUAGCCGCUUUCAAUGAUGAAGCAGAAAUAUUGCUGAAUGGAUCAGGCCCGGAACUGGGAGAAUUGAAAGAAAAGGAUUUCGAUGCUUACUUGAAAAAAAUAGCAGAAACAUCAUUUAAAUCCUACAUAUUUAAAAUACGCGUUAAACAAGAAACUUUUAACGAUGAAACUAGACUAAAAUCAACAGUACUUUCAGUUCAGCCUGUAAAUUAUAAGAUGUACUUGGAUCAUUUAUUAAGUAAGAUUCAGAAGUUGUCAGUUGAAAAACAAUAACGAAUGAAGAUAAACUGUAAGUUCAUCAAAAGAUUUUUUAAUCGCGAAAUAAUUAAGCACAUGAGAUAUAUAUAUACUUAAGCUACAUUAAGUAACCCAAAUACUGUUAGUACAAUUUACACUGCAGAUUUAUUGAACGAGAUUUCCAAACUCUGUAUAGAAAAAUAUUCAAUAAAAGCACGAGAUCAUGGCAUUCAUUUGA